AUGAAUCGAAAUAAAACUAUAAUAUGCAAGGAUAGUAUUGAUCCAGAUCCUGAACUACUAGUUUGGGAAAAAUGGAUAAAAAUAAGAAAAGAAGAAACAGAGCAUUUAGCUCGAAAGACCGGAAGACCGCCCACGGAUUUAGCGAUGAACUUACUGACAAAAGUGCGAGAAGAUAAGGAAAUGAAAAUAGUACUAGAAAAUUCACAAAUUGAGAAAAAAGUACGCAUAAGAAACACUUUAUGGGAACAGCCUCAACGGUUAAAACAAAAGUGUUAUUGUGAACAAGUAUAUGAAGUACAAAGAACUCGCGCUGAACUUGGGCGUCCUCGUAUAAUUGAACAUAUCGGAGUUCCUCGUCACAUACAACAAACGGAAAUGGGUAUAGCAGAUGUUUCUAAGCGGAAAUCAUGUCCAAAGUUGGAUUUGUCAUAUAUCAAUUAUAGAGAAAAACGUGAAAAAGAACUAGAGCCGAAAAUAAAAAAGAUAGAUCCUUUUCGGUCUCAAAUCGAUGAAAUUAUGAUCAUAGGAAAAAAGCCUAAAUCUCCUCAAAAACGGAAGGCCCCUUUACCAACUAUCGUCGUAACGUAUGAUCCCGUUAAUGACAGUGAUGUAAGCACAUUAUACGCAGUAAAAAUAAACGAUACAAUAUUUCUAAAAGAAGUAAGUGGUCAACAAAUUGAUCAUUUAAUCAAAAUGCAAAAUGAAUCCUGCCAUGAAGCGUGUAAAUCUUGGUCAUAUUAUUUUAAUUGUCCAGUAAACAAAAUUGGGAGGAGCAAGAUCUUUUUACAAAACCUUGGGACAGUUACACUGAGAUAUUGUUGGAAAAGAAUUAAAUUACCCUUUGAAGAUACACAAAGUAUGGUAUUCUUUUUUAAUAAGAAUGAAAACGUGAUCUUUCCAGGACAAAACCAAGAGAUAUCAAUCACAUUCAUUUCUAGUAACACAGGCAGUUAUAGCGAGAGCUGGGAAUUAAUAUUUUUAAAUACUUGUUUCUUCGAGAAUCAAAAUAAGCAGCUAAGUUUUACUCUUUACGCGGAUGCAAUUGAAAAUGUAGCAAAAAUAAAAAAUAAAAUAUUUAAACUAAAAAAUAUAAUUUAUAACAAUGUUCUUAAAAAUAUAGCUACAGAUUUAUUAGAAGAGAUUGUGCAAAAAGCUACAACUGUUCAGUUGCAGAUAUAUCCUUACAGAAAAAGGUUUUUGGAGGCCGAAAUAUUUGUUAUGAAAAAUCCCGUUUGUUUUUAUCAUCAAACGGAAGUAGCGAAGCUUAAUGAGAUAUUUACAGAAAUGGCUCCAGGAGAACCAUGGGACCUUUCUAUUAUAAGUUGGAGAAUAAAAAUGAUGGAGAAAGAAUUUGAAGAUAGAAUGAAAUAUUAUGAAACUCUAAGAAAAUCUCAUAGAGAAUGUUUAAAGUCAUGGUAUGAAGACGAUGAUUUGCUUGAACAAAAGUAUAAAGUUGUUAAACAAAUUCUUGGACAGAUGUUUGACAAAUUUGACGAAGAAUUUGCUCGGUUACCAGAAAUUUCAGAUAUUAAUGAUGAAACUGUAGAAAAGAUUACAAGUGAGACUUCUCAGCAAGAAAAAAUAUCCGAUAGAACCACUUCAUUUACUAUGAAGAAUAUAUUUUAUCUUCGAGCAUAUGAACAUCUAGCAACUGCAAUAGAAAUGUGUGCUGGAUUUAUUAGUAGCUUAGAUCUGAACAGAUGGAUAGAUUUUGAUUUUUGUCGAACUUAA